CCGAUUGUGUGUUACUGCCUUUAUAUUUAAGUACUCACUCACGUAUUUAACAUAUGUUUUAAAAAAUUUUAUUGACAUUCAGUGAAAUGCUGACUGCUAUCACCGUUUAUGUGAAAAUUUCGUGUGUUUAGUUUGGUGACUAAAUGAAUUCUGAGAGAACUGUGAAUAUUGGUGAAUAUGAAGAUUUCGUGCGUAUUUUCUACGAAUGUAUUUCGGCAGGUGCUUGCAGCCGUAGCCACCAGCCUCUAUGGCAUCAGCGCCGGCAUUGUUUUCGCCUACAGUGCAGUUCUGCUGCCUCAGCUGAAGGAUGACGACAGAAUCGACUAUGACGCCAAAUACGACACCUGGAUUGCCUCUAUCUCCACGCUUACUAUGGCUUUCGGUUGCUUCGUCGCAGGACCCUUUAUAGACAGGUAUGGAAGAAGAAUCGGUCUCAUCCUCCUCGCCAUUCCCUUCGUCUUCAGCUGGCUUAUCAUGGGCUUGGGCAGCAACAUCUACCUUCUAUUACUUGGAAGAGCCGUCGCGGGAAUAUGUGCUGGCCUGUUUAGAACAAUGUCUAUUGUUUACCUUAGUGAAGUUACUGAUCCAAAACAUAGAUCCAUGAUGCUUAUCUCAAUAUCUUUAUCAUUAAAUAUAGGAAUUCUUGUUUCUCAUUCUGCUGGUACAUAUUUGUAUUGGAGAACCGCUUCAUAUGUAUUUUGUAUACCUAAUAUAUUACCAGUCAUUAUUCUUGUGUAUUUAAAAGAAAGUCCUCUGUGGCUUAUAACAAAGGGAAAAAUUCAAGACGGAACUGACUUUUUCUACUGGUUUAGAGCUAAAAGCGAUGUAGCUGAUAGAGAGUUGAGUGCAGCGAUAUGUAAGCAGAAACAUAAAUCUCAAGAUCUCAAUGUCAAGGAGACUAUUAAAGUAGUAUUCAGCAGGCCUUUUAUGGUCCCAUUUUCAAUAUGUUUCCUUGUUUUCACUCAAACACAAUUUUGCGGUACCAAUGUUUUCAAUUUCUAUGCUCCUGAUUUAAUAAAGCAGACUUUCUCAAACAACGUAGACAACUUCUUGAUAAUGGUGCUUAUUGAUUUUAUUAGGGUAUGUGGCACUGGCUCUAUAUUUUUCACUGUUAAACAUGUGCCUAGACGUUUUCUAUACUGUUUAUGUAGUAUUGUGACAACUUUUUGUAUAUUAUUUUUAGCAGCAUAUCUGUAUUACCAAUCGUCAAAUUUAUUAUGGUUUGGUAUGACUUCCUUAGUUAUGUAUAUAUAUUUUUCUAUAACAUUCAUGAGUAUAGGUUGGUCUUUCAUAAGCGAGAUGUUCCCAAGCUCAGUAAGAGGUCUGGGCUCAGCCUCAACUGCAAGUACGUCAUUUUUGUUAUUAUUUAUUGCUGUAAAAAUGACUCCAAGUGUUAUUGAUGCGUUUGGCAUGGAGGUAUAUUACAUUAUCUGUGCGUGCAUAACUGCAGUAUGUACCAUAAUCCUUUAUUUUGUUUUGCCAGAAACUAAUGGAAAGACUUUGCAGGAAAUUGAGCAUGAUUUCAUUAAGGACAAGUGUAAUAAAGAGUUAUCGAAUGAACAAACCAAAUUUUAACUGCGUAUAAAUAGUUGAAUAGCCUACUGACUGUGCGUGUGCCUGAAAGCU